GCGUCUCGUCCUCUCCACCUGACGCUUCCCCGCGCUCCCAGGUAACACCGCCUUCUACCCGGACACGUUUCCAAACCAAGUCCGCAACUUUUAGAGCGCAGGAGCCAAGCUGUUUGGACUUUGGUUGGCACUGGUCCCGCUCUGGAGACGUGGAGAGUGGACGCGUAUUUUUCCACGAGUCUAUCGCGGAGUGACACCUUGUUGACGUUCUGUGAGCGCGUAGAGACGAGAGAAGCCUUGGUUUGAUUAUGAGUGUCCACCUCACCUUCUAGUGCGCUCCCCUCGUGUUUUCAACUCUUCUCAAGAUGGAACUAUCCCCUCCGAAGAAGCUGGUUCUCUGACGCCACACUCUCCUGGACCUUUCUACCCUCGCAUGUGGACACCUCGUUGGGAUUUAGCAGCCGCCUGUGAGCCCUCUCCCAGAUGUUUGUGGAAGUUCCAGUGAAGUCGCUCCAGCAGAAGUGAGAGGGAGGACCAUGGGGAAGGAGCAGGACCUUCUGGGGGCUGUGAAGAGUGGAGACCUGCUGCUCGCCCACAAGCUCCUGGCCAAAGUCAAGGGCAACAAAGCAAAGCUGCUGGGUUCCACCAAGAGGCUGAACGUGAACUACCAGGAUGCUGACGGGUUCUCUGCGCUGCAUCACGCCGCUCUCACAGGAACCACAGAGCUCCUGUCUCUGCUGCUGGACGCCCAGGCCACUGUGGACAUCAAGGACAUCAACGGCAUGCGUCCUCUGCACUACGCCGCCUGGCAGGGUAAAGCCGACUCUGUGCUCCUGCUCCUGCGCUCGGGCGCCUCAGUCAACUCCCCCUCCCUGGACGGACAGAUCCCCUUACACCUGUCUGCACAGUACGGACACUACGAGGUGUCGGAGAUGUUACUGCAGCACCAGUCCAACCCGUGUCUGCGCAACAAGGCCAAGAAGACCCCUCUGGACCUCGCCUGUGAAUUUGGACGAUUAAAGGUGGCGCAGUUGUUGCUGAGCAGUAACAUGGUGACGGCGCUGCUGGAGGGAGACGGCGGCGGCGGCGACAGUUCAGAGCCCCCCUCCACCACGCCCCUCCACCUCGCCGCACGCAACGGACACAAGGACGUCAUCAAGUUGCUGCUCAAAGCCGGUAUCGACAUCAACAGAGCCACUAAAGCCGGGACGUCACUGCACGAGGCCGCCCUCUACGGGAAGACCGAGGUGGUGCGCCUGCUGCUUGAUGCGGGCAUCAACGUCAACAUGCGCAACACGUACAACCAGACAGCUCUGGACAUCGUCAACCAGUUCACCACGUCCACGGCCAGUCGUGAGAUCAAGCAGCUGCUCAGAGAGGCGUCCAGCUCUCUCCAGGUGCGAGCGGUGAAGGACUACUGGAACCUCCACGACCCCACGGCCCUCAACCUCCGAGCUGGGGACAUCGUUUUGGUGCUGGAGCAGCCCUCAGACGGUCGCUGGAAAGGACACAUCCAUGACCCCCAGCGCGGGACAGACCGGGUGGGCUUCUUCCCUCCGUCUGUGGUGGAGGUCCUGAGCAGGAGAACAGGGGGCACUCUCUCCCGCCAAGCCUCCCUGCCCUGCCAGAGACCCCCGUCCUCCAGAGCUCCUCCCACCUCCGGCCCCGCCCCUCACACCGACGACUCGUACCCGGGCGCCUGUGAUCCAGCAGGGGACCGCAGCAGUGUGGGCAGUGGGGAGUCUGUGGGCAGCAGUCGCAGUGCGGGCAGCGGGCAGAGCUCUGAGAGUGGACCCAAGGCCAACGGAGCCCAGCGCCACCAUGACACGCUCAAGAUGGCGCCCUCUUCUGGAGAGUCUGGAGACCACAUCCACUUGGCAGCAGCAGAUAAAGUGGCAGAGGGAUCGACAGGUGGGUCCCGGCGGCAGGUCAAUGGCACUCCACAGAAGGGCUUCCUCAGACCUGAACAGAUCCUCGAUGGAAAGGACGCUGAGGCCAUCUACCAGUGGCUGUGUGAGUUCCAGCUGGAGCAGUACACCACAAACUUCAUCAACGCCGGCUACGAUGUGCCCACCAUCAGCCGCAUGACCCCCGAGGACCUCACGGCCAUCGGAGUGACCAAACCAGGCCACCGCAAGAAGAUCUCCCUGGAGAUCAGCAAACUGAGCAUCCCAGAGUGGCUGCCGGACUACAUUCCUUUGGACCUGGGCGAGUGGCUCAGUGUGAUCGGGCUGCCUCAGUACCAGAAGAGGCUGUGUGACAACGGCUACGACUCUAUUGGAAUUGUCAAAGACAUCACAUGGGAAGAUCUGCAGGAGAUCGGCAUCACCAAACUGGGUCACCAGAAGAAGCUGAUGCUGGCCGUCAAACGCCUGUGCGACCUGCAGCGCUCCCGUUGCCAUGGUGACUCCAGUGGGACCCUGCGGCGGAAGCCCCUCGCCGCUCUGGAGCUGGUGGCCAUCGAGCAUCCGCCCUCCCAUAACCCCUCCCACCAGGACCCGCGCAGCGACCCACCCGCGGACGACCUCUGCCCCUCACCCCACUCCCCCAGGACCCCCAGGACCCUCACCUCGUUCCAGGACAGUGAGCUGAGCGCCGAACUGCAGACGGCCAUGAAGGGAGGGGCCGGGGGCGGGGCUUCUGAGGCAUUCGCUAUAAGGGGUGUUACCUCAUCCUCCUCCAAGUCCCUGAGCCAGGAGAGUAUCGGCAUGAGAUCACGUGGGUCUGGAAAUUCUGGAAAUUCUGGAAACUCUUGCCAAGAUGUCCAAGAAAGUUUCAACAAAUUUCCAGAUGCGACUAAUAAACCUUUUGCUCCCAUGACUCCACCCCUUACCCCGAGUAAAAUGCAGCGGUUCGUGUACCCCGCGGUUCCACCAAAAGCGAAACAGACCCUUCACCCACCUCCAUCGCCAACGUCCCCCUCUCCAACGCACAAAAACUUCAGCUACAUCCCUGGACACGUUCUGUCGAGACCCCUACCUGGAGCCAUACCCAUUCUAUGCCCCCAACAGGCACCCAACGACCAAAAGAAGCGCGCUCAAAGCCUCACCCGCUAUGCCAUGUCCGACGGAGAACCAGAUGAGGAAGACGAAGAACACGCCGCUCCGAGAACCACAGCGUCAUCCGCGAUCCUGCCAUCCUACGCCACUCUGUCCCGAAGAACUGCGAGGGGGAUUUCCAAUGGGACAGCCCACGUGAGCCGCAGUCAGUCUUUCGCAGUGAGAGGGAAGCGUAAAGGGCCACCGCCUCCCCCGCCGAAAAGAAUGAGCUCGGUCACGGGAACGCCGAAUAUUCCAAACGGAGCUGAAGACUCUGGAGGGGUGGAGACGGAAAGCGUCGGGAGCGUUCGGAGCAUCGCAGCCAGACUGGAAGGCGGGAGCAGCAGUCCAUCUAGAAGAAUUGACAUACCGCCUACACACGUUACCAGGUCGCCAACGUUUAGCCCCGCCUCCUCGCCAAAGCCAUCUCCGCAAGUUUUCCAGUUUCCAAAUUCUAAACCCCUGCCAGUGCUUGGGGUAAGGGGGCUGAGGAGAACAGGGAGCGAAAGGGCUGAAAGCAACGGGCUGUACGAAGAGAAAAUUAAGUCAGAAAGACAAGGCCAAAGCUCGUCGCCGAAGAGAAGCUCAGGCGGACAUCUUCCAUUCGCGGAGGAAGGGAAUCUGACUAUUAAGCAGCGUCCCAGGACAACAGCGCCCCCUUCACCCGGCGGGCCUCCUCACACGCCACCCAGUCUGGAGUUCAACCUUAAAGAGUCCGAUACGGUUAAGAGAAGGCACAAACCAAAAGAUAGAGACGGACUCACGCCGGAAGAGUCAACCAGUCCAAAUCAUGAGCAGAGCAACGGAUUACACGCUGUCCAAAAUGGAGCUGAGCCCCCCAGCGAUGACGAAUCCCAAAGACCGGUGCUGGUUUUCCAAAGAAUAGGCUCCAUGGGAAAAGGCCCCAAGCCACCUGUGUCGGCCAAGCCCUCCAGUCCCCGAAAGAACUUGUGUAGCAGUAACAGCAGACCGAGCACGCCUCAGAAAGCAGCCUCUCCGCUCCUGGUCAGCUCGCACACAGCCAUUCCAAGACUGACCAGCGUACAGAUCCAUACGGUGUCCACUGGGGGGCACCAGAGUGCAGCCAGUCCCAUAGCUGUGGUGCACAAGCCAGACAGUCCACAGAAACUGCACAGGAUUCUACAGUCUCCAACAGCGCCAGGUCCAAACCUCAGCGUUGUCCAGAGUGUUGCGUUCACUGCCCCGGCCUCUCCUCCCCUGGCUUCCUCUUACCCCAGUGCGGUGAGGGCGUCCGCAGCUUACAGGCAGACCCCCGAGCCCCUGGAGCCCCCGGAGGCCCCCACUCCCCUGGCCUGUCUGGAGGUGCUGGCUCAGAGGCGGCUGGAGGAGACCAGUACUUCCCUGGAGGCCGCGCUCAAAGUGGUGGAGAACAAGCUGGCCCAGGGCGGCCACACGGAGACUGGAGGCAGCACAGUCAAAGCAGCAGGGAACAUUCUGGACGACAUCGGGAACAUGUUUGACGACCUGGCUGAUCAGCUGGACGCCAUGUUGGAAUGACCUCCUCUCACCUCACACACUUCACCUGGACACGAUGACGGAAUGACCUCCUCUUUUCCCACACACACUGUAUCCGGACGCCAUGUUGGAAUGACCUCUUUUCCCACACACUGUAUCCGGACGCCAUGUUGGAAUGACCUCUUUUCCCACACACUGUAUCCGGACGCCAUGUUGGAAUGACCUCUUUUCCCACACACACUGUAUAAGGACACCAUGUUGGAAUGACCUCCUCUUCCCCCACACUGUUUCCGGACGCCAUGUUGGAAUGACCGUCUUGACAGCACUUGGCCUUCGGGAACACAACAGGGACACAGUACAAACUGAUCUAGACUUCUCCAGGGGUGUGAAGAGGCGCCGCUCUCCAUGUUACUGUAAAUGUUCCAGAUGUAUACAUUUAAUGUGCGUAGUGCGACGUCUUUAUAUUAUGGAUGUAUUUAUAACUCUAUUUUAUGUUUUCUAACCAGAGUUGAACAAAGAUGUAUUGUUUAUUAGCGUUAUGUAUACUUGCUGCUACGUGUAUUACUGACGUGUUAACAGUAGUGUAUUCCAUAAACGAGUACUUUUAUUCUUAAAGCAAAUGUGUUAUAUGGGAAGCAGCCAUUAUUUAAAGAGCCUGUAUUACACUCUUUUCUGAUCCAUGUUAUAAUCAGGGUGUAGUGGGCGUGGUACACGGGGGUACGCCAUCCAAACACUUCUCCUGACGUGAUAUAAAAAAAAUAACAAAUAUAAAAUAGCUAUAACUUAAAUGUCAAACCGGAGCCUGCAUAGACCCAUGAUGUCUGCACUACUGUCCUAUAGAGACCUGAACCAGGACUGAACCAGAACUGAACCAGGAUUGAACCAGGACCGAGUGUAGGGACAGUGCCAGACGUGCGCCCACGUAGACCGUUGGGUGACCAGCUCAGAGCUUUGUGGACGCCCUGCUCUGCACGCAGGCUCGGGGUUCUCCCUCUCUCAAAUCCAAGAUUAGUCCCGGAUUAGUCCUGGUUUACUCCUGUUUUAGUCCUAUUUUAAUCCUGGUUCAGACCUGGUUUAGACCUGGUGUAGACCUGGUUUAGUCCUGGUUUAGUCCUGGUUUAGACCUGUUUUGUUCCUGGUUUAGACCUGGUUUAGUCCUGGUUUAGACCUGGUUUAGUUUUGGUUUAGUCCUGGUCUAGACCUGGUUUAGUCCUGGUCUAGACCUGGUUUAGUCCUGGUUUAGACCUGGUUUAGACCUGGUUUAGUUUUGGUUUAGUUUUGGUUUAGUCCUGGCGUAGUUCUGGUUUAAUCCUGGUUCAGCCCUAGUUUGAUCUUGGUUUAGUCCUGGUUUAGUCCUGGUUUAGACCUGGUUUAGACCUGGUUCAGUCCUGGUUCAUGUGUUGUAGUCUGUGUUUUAUGUUCUGUAGAUGAUUAUAAACAGCUUUAAUGUAAUAACAUGAUUCUGCAUCAUUUUGAUAAAAAAAACAUCAAAUAAUCCAGAUUUUUUCCGGGCUAGUGUCUUUAUGUUUCACACUGAUGACGUCACGAGUCGCGUACCCCCACUUACAAAAUCUCCACUACACCACUGGUUCUAAUGUGGUUUCCUCAUCACAAACAGACCUGGAGUCGUGUUUGUUUCAUUCUGACAUAUUUAACUCACAGAUUCUACAUAUUUAACUGAAUAUUGAAAGAAACUAAACACAGCUCCAGUUUGUGUUUGAGGAGGUCACAGGUAAAGCAUCAGUUUUGUGUGAUACAGGCUCUUUAAAGCACUGUUAGACUCAGGUGUGGUUCAGACGAGGGGUGAAAAUAAAAGAGAUUUGUACAAAAUAUAUUGAAAUUGAAAUUCUUUCAUUGUAUCUUGCUCGUUACUGAUUUGACAAAGCUCACAGGGGUCCACAUUUCAAAAUUUACAUGUAAAAAAAUAAAUCUUAUAUGACAGGUUUUUUACAGCUGAUAUUUUGACAUUGUUCUGAAAAUAUGUUGUGUUAAUAUUCAAAGUUUCUAAUUUUAUAUAUUUCAUACGCACCUUAUUAACUGCAAAACCAGAUGUUCUAUUGGAUUCCACUGGACAGUUACACACCAAAGCUCAGUGGCAUCUCCUCAGUGUGUUGUUUAUUGAAAAUGUCCUGUUCUGUAAGUUAAUAAAACAUGAAACCGUU